UCAUACGGGAUAAAUAAUUUGUUAGAGCAGGGUAUCGGUUUCCUUUAAAAGGUUCUUAUCAAACGAAUUAUUUGGAAUUAAGCAGCUGUCGAGGUUUAUUUUGUCCAUUAGUAUAUGCGUAUGUGCUGAGUUAUUCUGCCUGGAAUAGUCUUUAAAAGGGAAUCAAACUACUCUCGAAGCUUAUUAAUUUGGAGAAGUUUCAGCCAGCAGUUUGUUUUUCAUCAUCAUUAACCAAGUUAAACGCUGCACGCAUAAUAAGUGGCGAAGAAGAACUUGCCAAUCAAAGCACUGGUGAAAUGUGACGUGCGAUGUGAGGUACAACUCAACCCCCCUGAUUUCCUGCCCUUGACAUUCGGAUGUCUAGAGCCAUCACCGGUGUUGCCCUCGUCAAGCUUGUCCCGUGACAACCUGGCAGUGCCCAUUACAGGACAUGCCACAGCCAGGCACUAAUGGAAUGGAACCUGCAUUUGGUGAGGCAUACGGGACCCACAGAUGCCAUCUGACUUCUGAUCACUUAGCAGCCUCGCUCCUGGGUAGGAAAUUAGAGCAUGGGCAGCUGGAGUGCCCUGAACAUGUGGUUCUGAUGUUGGGGUCCCCCGCAAUGCCCCGGAAACGGCCAUUCGAACUCCUCAGUGACCUUGUGGAUGAUGGGUUCGGUGAGGAGCUGCACCCAGAACGCUGGGAUGUCUCCGCUUUAGAUGACAUUACCUGCUGCACCAAAGCCGGCCUGGAGGCAGAGCUAGGAAGUAUUGAGGGAGUGCUGGCGGACGGGAAGAAUGACAUCAGAGGAAGAGAGGAGUCAACAGAGCAGGCCUUGAGCUCAGGGAGCCAGCAAGGACAAGGCCAUCCUGCUCGGCACCCGACUGGCAAAAUGAAAGCGGCCGGGGAGGAACUGAAUGAAGAGGCAGAACCAGAGCUGCCAGGACAUCGGAGCACAGCAGGGAAGCAGACAGGCCAGGGGCUGGAAUCCACUGCAUUGCCACAAUCCAUUUCCGAGCACUGCAGCGAGGAGCACAACUAUUCCCUACAGGCACACCAGGAUUCGGACUCCAGCCAAGGCUCGGACACUGAGGCGGGAGACGAGGAGGAGGAUGGAGAGGAAGAGGAGGAGAUCGGGGAGCAGGGAGAGUCUAGCUCCUCAGGAAGUGAGUCUGACACUGACCUUGACGGCAGCCUUGCUGAAAGACCGCUGAAGCGCAGGUGCUUUUGGGAGUACAGCCAUGGGCACGAGACAGCUAAUAAGAGACAGCAAAGAGAGCCCUUCGCUUCCUGGAACUCCAGCACCCUGCCCAGCACGCUGUACCAGAGAGAGGGAGCCUUAGCCUCUGGAAGGAAGGGUCUGCGAAAAGCUCGUAAGACCGAUGCGAGUGAUCUGACGCCUAACCCACAGAAAUUGUGCAGCAUUGGAGAGCAACUACACAACCUGAACAGAGCCAUUGAGGACAUCCGGCCUGUCAAUGACCUGCCUGUGACAGCCAGGGCCCGUUCCCGCAAAGAGAAGAAUAAGCUGGCCUCCAGGGCGUGCCGUUUAAAGAAGAAAGCACAGCAUGAAGCUAACAAGAUCAAGCUGUGGGGGCUGAGCCAGGAGUAUGACAGCCUGCUGGCGGCACUGCUGCGUAUCAAGGAGGUGAUAAGACAAAGAGUGGAAAACAGUGAUGGCGCAGAUGGGAUGGGGAUGACUGAAAAGCUGGAGGAAAUACUGAAAGAAUCCACAGGGCCACAGGUGGCAGGACGGACCAAAGAGUUUGUUGAGAGGAUGCUGGUGUGCAGUGCGACGGGACAGCUGGCUGGAGCAUCGCAGCGACGGGGCUGCACAGACUGACCCCUGAGCCUGCUUCUCUGCUCCACGCGUUUGCACUUUCUGACUUGAGAGGAGGCGGGGCGAAGGAGUGGUGUUGAUUCUGAAAACUCCAUACGGUAGCAGUCUCAAGUCUCUUGCUGAUUUCUUUCAGUUUGUGUUUCAUUGACUUUGGUAUUGCUGUUUUAGCUCUCCCGACACUGUUUGUUGUGGGCUAGCUGCUAGGUUUCUUGUGUGUACAUUUCCCCCACCAUCUAAACAUUUCUAUCCCAUCAUGCCUCAAAACUCAGUGUUCACUGCUUGCAAGACGUGUGUGAUGAGUUUGGGCUUUUAAUUUGUGGUGUGUGCAACAGGAAGUAAACAAGAACAGGAUGCUAGAACCAAGGUGAGUGUCUGUAGCCCGGUUGAAUUGCUGUUUGCAGAUAAAUUGGUGCUACUGAAGUUCAGAUGCUACUAAAUUUAUUUCUCAAUGUACAAUUUUGUAGGAUAAUACAGAAUGUGAGGACUGCUUAUUUAAUAAGAUGCAGAAAUGUAUUAUGACAUGUGUUUGCUUUUAACUUUAAGGAAGAUGUAACGUUUGUGUAAAAGGGAGUAAUUGAUCAGAGUUUAAGAUGUGAACUACUGGAUCCUUAUGAGUCAAUAACCUGGAGGUGUAGGGUUGGCCUGUCAGGCUCAGUAUUAAUGGCUGGAUUACCUGUACAGAUGACAUACUUAGACUUUAAAGAACGAAUACUCCAACAAACACUACAUUUAGCACAUUUUCAUCAAUUGUAAAAUAUAGUUAAAAAGCUGGAUUUUAAUCCAAAACUGUUCAAAAGAAAUGUUGAAAAAAUUUCCAGUGAUCUAAAUGACUACUUUCUCAUGUUCAACAUGUCAUCACUUUAAAAUAUUUUGUAAGAGCAGUAUUAUUUAACAAUUCUACAGAUCCUAAUCAAGCAGAAUUCCAAAUCAUUUACAGUCCAUACACUAUGAAAUGGAGUAUCCACAUUCACACAAAGCAGGUGCCAUAAAAAGGUCAGCAUCAAAAAGUGCUGUGGGAUUAUGCCUUAGUUAUUUCCUGAAGAUUAAUUUGCACUUCAUUUGGUUUUUAAUGUGAAACCUGAGUAUGUAGGUAUCUCUCUAGAAUCCAGGCUCAUGUGUAAGGGCUGAAAGUAAUACAUCAUUAAGAGUAUAUUUCUGUGCCUUUGAUACAAUCAAUGAUAAAACCAAACAAAUUUCCAGAAUAUAUUCUAGUCAUUAGAAAAUAUUAAAAGAUCCCACGCAGGUUUAUCUUGGGCCAAGAAAUCCUACUAAAAUGCUUCACAAAAAAGGACCUGCUAAUUUAUACACUGUAUUGUGUAUAUAUACAUAUGACAUCUAGUCUCAAAGCACCAAACACUCUGCUGUUAUUGCCCACUACCCUCACUGCCCAGUGCAUGUUCUCAGCUCCUUUGCAUAGAGUCUUGGGGUCUCUAAAAAUGAAGUUAUUUCAUUAUUUCUUAUGUUGGAUCUUAAAACCAAAUGUGAAUAAGUAAUAAACAGUAUUAUAUUUAUCGAAUUUGAUUCUUUUAGAGAAAAACAAAGAUCAUCCCAAAUU